AUGGAUUUUUCGGACGAUUUGGCUUCUGCAGUGAGAAAAUCGUGGUCAGAACCAUCAGACCCACCUUUGUUUUCAGAGAGCUCGAAUUCACCCAUAGGGACACCGCAGGAGGGUUCAGCGUGCUCGUCGGGUACUCAUGAAAGCAGCAACCCUGACAGUUCAGAAGAAUAUCACUUGUGGAAGCAUCACUAUGCGAUUUCGGAUGAUGCGAAAACGACGAAUCCUCAAGGUGAGUUGAUGAACGUUUUGCAAGAACUAGAGUUUUCCGAGCAACCACGGCCUCAGCAAGUCAGAAGAAGCUCCAUUGAAGACGUGAGCAAAAUUCGACAAUGGCUUAAUCCACGAAGUUCAUUUUCAGGGGCGCCUACGAAUGAGUUAAACUGGCAGAACUCUGCUCAAAACCGAUGCUGGAUAAGUAUUUUGAGUGACGAACGAGAUAUGGGACCCAUAAGGGUGCUGGAUUUCACGUUAAGGGCAUGUCACUCAAGGUACACGCUUUACGUCUUGGUCCCACAUGAUCUGGAGGAUUUAGCGAAGGAACUAGCAAAGUUGGGCAUCCACGUAAUAGCAAUGGAGAAGAUUGCACCUAGGCUAGUACCCAAAUUAGUGCCUGAUUCAACCUCAUCGCCGAGCGAUGCGCCUUUUUUCGGAAAUUGGAACUUGUUGGCGCCGUUCCUGUGCUUACGCGAUUCUUUUGAGCUUGUGUGCUACCUGUCGCCGCGAUGUGCUGUUCUAGCGAAUGUAGACGAAUUGCUUGCGUCUGAAACGGUCUCAGAUGAGAUCGACAAUGAAACUUGCGUCUUGCUUACCAAUACCACUGAUGAGCCCCCAAUGAUGAUCGUUUUGAGACCUAAUGAUGGCAUAGAGGCAUGUAUACGCGAGUACAUGUCAAUUUACAUUAGUAAGGACUCAAACGAGAAGUGGUCACGUCUGCAGAAUAGCACGGGGCUCGACGUUCUAAAAGAAUUAUUUAAGGACUCGUGGGGCGUGGUCGCGGGCGAAUACUGCCAGCGUGGACCCGGAACUCUUUCAUCGGGCAUCAAAAUAGUAGAAAAUCCCAACAACGAGCCGUGGUCAUCCCAGUCAAGCGACGAAAUAACAAGCAUAUGGAGAAGGGCAUGGCUUGAACUCAACAGAUCGUCACCAUAA